AUGCCAAAAGUCAGAAUUAGAAAGUCCCCAGGACGGCCCGCAUAUGUCUACCCUACAGAAAAUCCUUUUCGUCAGAGGGGCUUAGCAUCUACACAAUCGUUUCUCGCGCCAUUCAAACAUACGCCCAUCGAUCUCAAUACAGCAUCGAUACGUUUGAUUGAGAUCCUUCCCCCUAGUCCCAAUGGCACAAUACAGUGCAACAUCCGGAAUGCGACGGUAGACUCUGAGUACACCUGCCUGUCUUACGUCUGGGGUUCAGCAAGCCACACCAACAACAUCCUCAUCGACGGCAAGCUUUUUCAAGUGCGAAGAAAUCUUUUUGAAUUUCUGGAGAUGAUAAGCGCAAAGCAAGUUAUAACAAAGCAAGAGACGACAAGGCUUCACAGUGACAAAAGCCCAACGUUCGACCUCAGUCACGCAUCUCGAUCUCUCUGGAUUGAUGCGAUGUGCAUUGACCAGGAGAAUGUGGUGGAGAAACAUCAUCAGGUUAAACAAAUGGGUGAAAUUUACUCAAAUGCGCACUGUGUUCUCGUUUAG